UAGAGCACUGGGAGCUUCCUGGACCUGGUUCAACUUUGCCUCCCCAGAGCAGAUCUGCAGAGCGGAGACAUGGUCAUGCAAACACACCUUCACAAAAUCAACCCAGACGCUUCCUCAGAUGCGGCUUUUGGCAGAAAAAUGCUCCUCUCAGUGGUGCAGUAAUUCAAUGCUAACAUGUUUAAAGGUUUACCCUGUUGUUCCUGCAGAAAGGUUCCUUUGUUUUAUUCUUCCGUUAUUCUGCCUAGGGCCACUUGGUCUUGGGUACAAACUAAAGAGGAAAUGAUAAUGCUAGGUGGUAUAAGCACCCUCGGCAUGCCUACUUUUGAUUACCUCAUCUUUCUCCUGUGUCCCCCUGUCGACGAGAGAAAUGGAUUUUACAGCGAGUAUAAUAAAUCCCAUUUUUCUUACGGAUAAGCAUAAGAAAAUCUAUAUUUUUGACCAAACAUUUCUAUUGAGUAUCCCACAUAACAAUACAUCUUAUUGUCUUCUUAGAAUGAAAUUCAAAUUUGCUCCCCCAUGAUUGGUGUAAAAGCAAUGCAUAGGAAAAUCAGAGAUCUCAAAGGCAUUCGACCAUGCUACAGGAAUGAUGUAAAUCAGGUAAUGAGAGUGCUCGACCCAUAUGGACUACAAUUUCGGCGUCCAGGACAGUGUCGUAUCCCUCGAAUUGUUUAUAGCUGCAGAGGCCCAAACGAUGUCUGGCAUAUUGAUGGAAAUGAUAAAUUAAAGUUCUAUGGAAUUUGGAUUCACUUAUGUAUUGAUGGGUUGUCCAAGACUAGUAAAAUCGGAUCGUGGGAUUGAGAAUGUCCUGGUUGCUAUAUUUCAGACAUCUUUUCGGUACUAUCAUAAUGACUCAUCAUCUGGUUCCAAGAGUUUUCGCUUUGGAAAAUCUGUUCACAAUCAGCGCGCAGAAUGUUUUUUUGGCCAUCUUAAGAAGUCGUGGAUAUCUAUGUGGCAACAAAAUUUUGAGACAAUGGUGGCAGCAGAGAUACUCGAUUUGUCCAAUCCAGUUAAUAUACAUUGUCUCCAGUUCUGUUUUCUUCCUCUCAUUGAUCAAGAAUUUAAAUUUGAACAGUGUGAAUGGAAUGGACACCUAAUUAGAAAGCAGAGAGGAUCUCAAAAUUUUUGUGCAAAACCAGAUGUGCUUUACUUUGCUCCACCCAACGGGAAAGAAAACAAUAUUUGUUUGUUAGAUCCAGCACUGAGAAAUUAUGCUGAAAACUUUGCAGCAGUAGUGGGACAACAUCUUGUAGCCAGUGAAGAGUUUAGAAAUUUAUCUUGCCAAUUAUUGCUCCAGCGUGGAUAUACUAUGCCAAAGACACGUUGUCAAGCUUUUGACUGUUAUCAAAUACUUUCUGCAUCUUUUGACUUCAUUAUAAAUAGAUUGCAACUGUGUCCACCCCAAACUUUUGUGCAAGCUAUUAAUGUCUAUCAUACUAUCUUUCAUUCAUAUGAUUGGUCUCUGACAUCUAAAGGCUGCUAUUCAACUAUUCCUACUAUAUAAUCAAUAGUGUUGAAUCCUGUCAAAUAUUUAUCUUACAAUUAUUGCUCUCUUUAAUGUAGAGGGAUUUUGUAUUCACCGCAAAUUCCCUUUCUAGUAGUCCCAAACUGUAAGUGCAGACAUUAGUGGUCUUGUCUUCAUUUAUCUCUGGAGGCACUA